AUGCAACACACCAACCCCUACAACAGCCACAUCCUCCCUACUUUCCACACCGCAAAGCCUGACCCAACCUCCCCCACCUCCCCCAACUUUCCCCAGUACUCGCCUUUCGCCGCACCUCCCGAAGAUGCCCCACCUUCUUUCCCCAGCUCCACAGACAACGAUCAGCAUCCUCUCCGCCACCGGACCCUCCCGGGCCACCAGCGCCACCUCUCCAUCGAACCGGUGCGAAAGGAAGAGCCCGGCCACUCGGUGUACGAUCAGAAAGAGGACAUCGAAGAUGUCGUGGAGAGGGUGAAGGCAAUGGAUGUAGGGGUCUGUAUGGCUGCUGUGGCCAUGGAUGCAGUGGCGGUGGUCGGUUUCGUGCUGGUGUGGAUUCUCGUCUCGCAGGGCAAAAGCUCUCGUACAACCCGUCUCUGCAUUGCACUCCCCUACUCACUUCUCUCCACCUGCUACAUCCUUUCUCGCCGCAAGCACAACGCCAACGACCUCUCCGAUCUCAGUCGAGUCAUGUGGCACUACGGCGAAGACGCCGUCAAGGGCAACGCGAUGAAGGAGGGGCUCGGCAUGCUCUCUUGGAUCAUCCUUUCGGGAUUCUGGGCCUUGUGGUUUGCGGUCGGGAUGGGCCUGGUAGGCUGGUGUUGGUACGGAGUGGACAUUUAUGGAGAUUUCUUGGGCGCUGUCUGUUCCAAGCUCCCCAUUUUCUAA